UCUUUUUCUCCUCAAACAAGCUUCCUGGAUCGAGAGUCGAAGUCUUCAUAUCCUGACAUUUGUAGAGCUCUCGAAAGAAAUUCCCUUCAGUUUCUACCAACCGCACGCUUCAUCUCAACGUUCCGAGCCUACCACACGACGACCACAGCAACAUGGCGUCAGUACAACAGCUGUUCUCCCUAGAAGGGCAGACAGCCCUAGUGACAGGCGGAACAAGAGGCAUCGGGCAAGCAAUGGCGAUAGCCCUAGCAGAAGCAGGAGCAGACAUCCUUCUCGUCCAGCGCGACACCUCCAACCAAACAACCAAACAAGCCAUCGAAUCCCUCGGCCGCAAAGCAACAAUCUACACCGCAGACCUCUCCUCCAACCCCUCCGUGUCCGCCCUCGUCCCCGCCAUCCUCAAAGACGGCCAUAGAAUCCACAUCCUGCUAAACUGCGGCGGCAUCCAACGCCGCCACCCAGCCGACCAGUUCCCCGACGACGACUGGCAAGCCGUGCUCCAAGUAAACCUCACCUCUGUCUUCACGCUAUGCAGAGACGUAGGCGCGCACAUGCUCACCCAGCCCGCGGACCUGCCGCUCUCGCGCCGCGGCUCGAUUAUAAACAUCGCGUCGCUCCUCACGUUCCAGGGGGGUAUUACCGUGCCUGCGUACGCGGCGAGCAAAGGCGGUGUCGGGCAGUUGACCAAGGCGCUGAGUAAUGAGUGGGCGGGCAGGGGCGUAGGUGUAAAUGCCAUUGCCCCCGGGUACAUUGCUACGGAUAUGAAUAGUGCGCUGUUGGCGGAUGAGAAGCGUGCUGAGGGGAUUUUGGCACGGAUUCCGGCGGGGAGGUGGGGGGCUCCCGAGGAUUUCAAGGGCGCCGUGGUGUUUUUGGCGAGUGCUGCGAGUGCGUAUGUUAGUGGGGAGUUACUCACUGUCGAUGGGGGCUGGAUGGGACGGUAAGCUGCAAGUCCGUUCAUAGUUUGUAGAUAUUAAGUAAAAAGAUAAGAUUAACGAUAGAUCUCACAAGACUUUAUAACGUUAUAACUGUUAAUUAAGUUCAUAGGUAGAGGGCAUUCGCAGUUCAUAAAAAUACUAAGUAAAAAGGUAUUAUGGUAGCCUGA